AUGACCUCACAUCACAAGCCCCAUAUCAACGUCGGUAUGAUUGGCCAUGCUGAUCAUGGUAAAACGACCCUGACGGCUGCCAUCAUUGAGACACUGAGCAGGAAGUUUGGCUCGACCAUUACGGCCUACGACGAAAUUGACAACCCGCCCAAGGAGAAAGUCUAUGGUAUUACUAUCUCGACCGCCCAUGUUGAGUAUGAAAUCGCGGCUCUCCACUGUAGUCAAGUUGACUUUUCUAGUGGAAAAAGAAGUGCGCGAGCUGCUUAG